AUGACACUUGUUAACCCUUGCCCCGCAACCCAUCCACCUUCCAACGAACCUUCCCCUCACCGUGGUCGUAAACGUCGCCGCUCUUCUGCUGCUUCUCCACCACCCAUAACAACCAGUACAUCCACGAAUUUUCGAGGUCGAGUUCGUCAUCGAUCACCUCAGACAUCUCACUUGACAACAUCCUCACCAUUGCCAUUAUCCUCACCCCUCAACCCCAAAUCAACAAACGCAAAUGCAACCAUGACAUCCCCUACAGCCACAGCCCAUAGAAUCAAAUACCAAAAGACUCACGCUACAGCAACGACAAAAACUCCCUCCCCAUCAUCAUCUCUCCUUCUUUGCUCUCCGCGCUCAAAGACCCGGAGAGGUCAAUCACCCUCCCGCUCUCGUAGCAAGGGUCAUUCGGCCGAUAAGGAGAUUCCAAGGAGAAGACAGAGAACAAGAAGUAGGAGUCGAUCUCACAGGGUUGCGAUAGACGAAAAGGAGAGCAGUAAGGGAAAAAUGAAAGCUUUAUCCGGGACAGAAAGAGCUUGA